AAGGAAUCCCCAGCCUAACCCAUCAUGAACAACCUGGCCGACACUGUGGUCGUGGAUCCCGGAUUCGGAGGCGGCGACAAGCAGCAGCUGGCCGGUCCGGCGCCCCAGGAUGCCAGCGUGGUGGUUCCGCCGCCGGCUACCAAGCAAUCGUCGGCGCUGAAGAAGACCAGCCGGUACAGGAGCCGCUCGCUAAGUGCCUCCUCCACGGACUCCUUCAGCUCCGCCAGCUACACGGGCAGCAGCGAGGAUGGCGACGAUGUGCCGCCGCGGGAGAAGGUGCAAAAGAACAGCAAGGGCAGCUCCGAUUUCUGUGUGAGGAAUAUAGCAGCCCAGCAUGCUUUUGGAAGGAGGGAAAUCGAGAUUGCGGAACAGGAAAUGCCGGGAAUUAUUGCCCUGAAGAAACGGGCCGCCGAGGAUAAGCCGCUGAAGGAUGCCAAGAUCGUGGGAUGCACACACAUCAACGCCCAGACGGCGGUGCUCAUCGAGACGCUGGUGGAACUCGGAGCCAGUGUGCGCUGGGCCGCCUGCAACAUCUACUCCACGCAGAACGAAGUGGCCGCCGCCUUGGCCGAAUCUGGAAUCCCAAUCUUCGCUUGGCGCGGCGAGACAGAGGAGGAUUUCUGGUGGUGCAUCGAUCGCUGCGUGAACGCGGAGAACUGGCAGCCGAACAUGAUACUGGACGACGGCGGCGAUGCCACGCACCUGAUGCUGAAGAAGUACCCGACCAUGUUCAAGCUGGUCAAGGGAAUCGUGGAGGAGAGCGUCACCGGGGUGCACAGGCUCUAUCAGCUGUCCAAGGCGGGCAAGCUGACGGUGCCGGCGAUGAAUGUGAACGAUUCGGUGACCAAGACCAAGUUCGAUAACCUGUACAGCUGCAAGGAGUCCAUUCUGGACAGCCUCAAGCGCUCCACGGACGUGAUGUUCGGCGGCAAGCAGGUGGUGGUCUGCGGCUAUGGCGAUGUAGGCAAGGGCUGUGCUCAGGCGCUCAAGGGACAGGGCUGCAUUGUCUACAUCACCGAAAUCGAUCCCAUUUGCGCCCUGCAGGCCAGCAUGGAUGGCUUCCGCGUGGUCAAGCUGAACGAGGUGAUCCGCAACGUGGACAUUGUGGUGACGGCGACGGGCAACAAGAAUGUGGUCGUGCGCGAGCACAUGGACAAGAUGAAGAGCGGCUGCAUUGUGUGCAAUAUGGGUCACUCGAACACGGAGAUCGAUGUGAACGGGCUGCGCACUCCCGAUUUGACCUGGGAGAAGGUGCGCUCGCAGGUGGAUCACAUCAUCUGGCCGGAGGGCAAGUACAUCAUCCUGCUGGCCGAGGGAAGGCUGGUCAACCUGAGCUGCUCCAGCAUUCCCUCGUUCGCCGUCUCCAUCACCUCGGCCACCCAGGCGCUGGCCCUGAUUGAGCUUUUCAAUGCACCGCCCGGACGCUACAAGUCGGACGUCUACUUGCUGCCCAAGAAGAUGGACGAGUAUGUGGCCAGCCUGCACCUGCCCACCUUCGAUGCCCAUUUGACGGAGCUGAGCGACGAGCAGGCCAAGUACAUGGGGCUGAACAAGGCCGGUCCUUUCAAGCCCAACUACUAUCGCUACUAGGAAUGAAGGGACAAAGAGUGCGCGACAGAUGCGCGGACAAUAACACCAGCAAUUAGGAGAAACAACAACGCCAACGAAAGUAUUGUCUUUGCGAAGAAGUAAAACUAUUUAAAACAAUUGUUGACACACACAAAAACACACACGCAACACACACAAAACGAUAUGGAAAAGGAGAACACAAAGUUACUAUUACCAUUGUAUUGCUUAGUUUAGCUCGAGCGGAAUUCUUGGUUGCUUUUCGUUAGCAUUUAACGUCUUCGAUAUAGUAUUUAGCACACUCGCUUUAGCCGCAGGAGUAUUCUCUCUGUUUACUAAUCCCCCAAUGACUCUCUAAAAACCUAAACUAAUCUUGCCCCUUAAGAAUUUAACCCCUUGAAAUGUUUUUAUAGCCGGUUACUUGAAUUUAUUUUAGAUAUUUCGAUUGCUUAUUAAUUAGACUGGGUUAUAGUUGAAAAGAUGUGAUUUUUAAGCUCGUAAAAUAGUUGGAAUUGAUAAUAUCUAUUAAGGGAAUUGAUAAGAAUCUAUAAAACUGUAUGUUCAAGUGGAA